AUGUGCACGCAAUUGACAGCAACAUAUUCCCCUCUGAGCUAUCAACUGGAAGAUCAUCGAGCUUCCUUCUUGCCAUCCUAUGCCUACUAUUCUCCUGCCACCACCACGACUCCCACCGAGUCUUUCUCCUCCCUCUCAGGCCAAUGCUAUGGCAAUUACCAAGAGCCGUCCUGCAAUGGCACACUCCCUCCUCCGCAAUUACAAGACCCAAAGAAUCCUAUCGUUCAAGACGCCUCUCUAUCAGGGUAUCCCCCAAACGACCUCUCUUACCCCAAUCCCCUCUAUAACCCACCAACCCAUCCAGUCUGGCCAGCAUACACCCAACCCACAUUGUGCACCACUGACGGAAUCAACCCUCGAUCCCUCACCACCCCCAGCCCACCCGACAAGGAGGUCAAGCGCCAACGCUACCUCGAAAAGAACCGCGCGGCGGCGACGAAAUGCCGCUCCAAGAAGAAGCGGUACAUCCAGCAGCUGCAGUCGCGGUACGAGGAUCUCUCGGUGACGAAGCACGAGCUGCAGACGCAGGUGCAGAGCUUACGGUUGGGGCUGGUGUCGCUCAAGGAGGAGUUGGUGCGGCAUGCGCGGUGCGGGGACGGGCCGAUUACGAAGUAUAUUGAGAAGAGGCGGACGAGGUUUGUCUAG